UGGACCUCCCUUCCCCGCGCCGAGGAGCGGCGGGGCCGCCGCCAGGCAAGUUCGCCCCGGGAGCGCUGGUGCCACGGGCCGAGAUGCUUCUCCGGGACUUGGUGCUGCGCCGUGGCUGCUGCUGGCCUUCACUGCUGCUGCACUGCGCGCUCCACCCGCUCUGGGGCUUCGUGCAGGUGACGCACGGUGAGCCGCAGAAGUCCUGCUCCAAGGUGGCUGACAGCUGUCCACACAUCUGCCAGUGCCGACCCCCUCCCUUGCUGCCCCCGCCGCCGCCACCCCCACCGCCUCCCAGACUCCUCUCGGCCCCAGCCCCCAACUCUACCUCGUGCCCCGCUGAGGAAAGCUGGUGGUCGGGGCUGGUGAUCAUCAUCGCGGUAUGUUGCGCCUCCCUGGUGUUUCUCACUGUGCUUGUCAUCAUUUGCUAUAAAGCCAUCAAAAGGAAACCACUGAGAAAAGAAGAGAACGGCACCAGUGUUGCUGAGUAUCCCAUGACCUCCUCGCCGAGCAACAAAGGGGCCGACGUGAACAGCGCCGUGGUGUGAGUCUGCAGACUCUGGACCUGCUGGUCAGAGGGGCACAUUGGUGGCUUUAGUGAACACGGGAGAGCAGGUGACAGGAGCUGAGACCGGGCUUGUCUGGGACUUCUGAAGAAGACACCAUCCGCUCCCCAGCCUUGCCCCAGGUUGCCCGUCUCUUUCCUGGCUUGUAUUUGAUUUACCAUCUCCCAGCCGCGCUCUGACGAAGCCAGGGAAUCUGUCUGUCUGCUGGGCUGGGGAGGCCUCCCACUUUAGCCAAGAGAAAGGUGAUCCGGGGAUCCCUCCCCAGCUGGAAAACCUCUCCUCCUCCCCAGCAAGCCCGUCCGCUUCUCCAUUCACCUUGCAUCCCCACGGAAGACAUCGGCACAGCCAUGAGAUGUCCCCUUCCAAAGGUGCUUCCCACCCAUCUGUCUGUCACCCCCUCUGUGACUGUCUCCCACCCAUUCCCACCACACCCCGACCCCUGGCUCUUGACUCCUGACCCCCUGCCACGGAAGGCUGUGAGCCCAGCCUGCAAAGCCCCCUCCUGACUGAGCACGCAGAGGGGCUCUUACACCCAGACCUAGUGUCUGACCUUCCAGGGGCCAAACAACUCUCCGAACACCAGGCCGAGGCGCCAGGAAGGACAGAGGCCCCUCUGCCUGUCCUCAGACUCAUUCCCACACCUGAUCCUCAUCGGAGCUGAUGCCUCCGUGUGAGCCAGGCCCUGCCUUCCCCCGGCAGAGGCCACCCUUGUGCCAAGCCCACCGUGGGCACUCUGGGCUAGGCUGACCCGGCCUGGCACUGGGUCACCCCUACGACCCCCUGAGGCCCUGGCCGGGUACUCAACCCCCCUCUCUAGUGCCCUCAGCCUCCCCUCACCCACCAGGCACUGGUGUUCUCUCGAAUGUCUCUUCCCGAGGUCCUGUGUUCUAAAAGUGCCGAAACCUCCAGAAGGCUUGGUGGACAAAGGGAAGGAAGGAGGAUGGAAGGCGAGGCCUCUCCAGGCCUGGGAAUCCCAGGUGGCCCCUGGCCCCGUGGGCAUGUCAUUAGCCCCGUGGAGACCGUGGCCUGUGGCUUGGCCUCCCCCGGUGGAUUGGGAGGACAUUCCCCACCCAAGGGUUCCCUCACGUCCCAUCCAGUUGCUCAGAAGGAACCAGACACAUUUAACGGCUCUACCCUCCCGGCGUGGGGACUUAGCUAGGCGGACCCUGCCCACCGCCCAGGCCACCAGUGUAGUUCCCAGGAGGGCCUUUGGGCCAUGGUGAGACUUGCCCAUCCAGGUAAGCCUGACAGCACACGAGUCCCCAUGUGAGCCCGGACCUUGGAAAUCCAUUGUCCUGGAGCCCUUGCGCCCCUGGAGUUGCCUGUGUUCCGUUGUGUUUCAGAGAGCAGAGGGGAGAAGGUGAGUUGCUGUGACUCCAACCCAGGUCCUCUCCCCAAGGUCAGCAGGAGGCUGAGGAUAGGCCCAGGCCCACAUCCUAGCAGAAAGGGUCUUUCUUUCCAGUUCUCCUUCUGUGCGAGGACCUGUUUGGGGUUUGAGUUUGGAUUUUGCUUUCCUUGCCUACCUUAGCGUGGCACCGUGUCACCGUGACCUUGGCCAUUGCCCCAAGCCGGUGAGUGCUCUGUGGUCCUCUCCGUCCAUGCCUUCCACUUCCCAGAGGGAUGCAGAGCCAGUGACAAGAGGCUAGAGGGUGCAGGUCUGCAGCAAGGCGCCUUCCCUCACGCUGAGUCCCCAGCCGUUUCUUGAACAGAUACCCAAGCAGGACCCCUGCCCUGUGCACAGGCCACCCCAGGCUCAGAAAUGAGGGGGAAAAGGGAGAACCUGGGCUAAGGAGUCAUGGAGCAGUGGGCAGCCAGCCUGGAGAGACAUCCAGGGAAGCAGGGCACAGGCCAACUUUGCACAAUCCCACUGGCCCCACCUUCCCUGACCCAGGCUUCAACCUAGGAGGUUUUACAAUUGGCCAAAUCCUUCAGGCCCUGGCAAAGCUCCCCAUGAGGAACCUUGACGACCACCCACCACGCUCUGGGGCCAGCAUCCCCUUCCCUGGGGCCACAGCCAAGGCUCUGGGAAAAGCAAACAUUUGUGCGUAAGUUCCCCCAAAUUGGGUGUGUAAAACCUCUUGCUCAGUUAGUGAAACCAAGAGAAGAACCCAGUUUAAAAAAAGAAAAAGUACCCACAUGAGAAUUCAACCCACCAAUCCUAGAACUGGCCAUUUGGAAACUCUCCCACGUGCUGCAAGAGAACUUCACCGGAUUUUUGGCUUCAGUGACAAAAAGUGACCCUAAAAAAAAACCCCACAGCCUGGCAUUUGAGCUCAGAACUUUUAUUUAAGGAAUGUAUCUGCAGUCCCUAGACACAGACCAAUCCUCAGACUUGCCCAGACUUUGAAGCUGAGAACGAAAUGCACAUUUCUUCUCUGCGUUUUCUCAAAUAGAUAUUUUUUAACUGUCUCCUAGUUGAGCCCAGCUUAGAAUGGCAUAUAGGAUCUCCCAGAGUUUUUAGGUGUUCCUUAGAAGCUUCUAAAGCAAGUUUUGGAAGACUAAUAGCUGUAAAAAAUAUAGACCUAUAUAUUAUAUAUAGUCAUAUAUAUAUAUAUUUAAAGAGAUAUCUAUAUCUAUACAAAGUUCCCGUACUCUCUGGCUCUGUACAAAGUCCGACCUGGACACCCCGGGUCGCGGGCGCUGUCUAAUGCAUGAAUGUAAAUACCCCGAGGCCUGCCUUCCCGACGGUGCGCCAAGUGCACGCAGGAAGAGGCCUCUUGUCUCUAGGAGUCCUGACUCCAGGGACGGAUGUCAAGUCUGUGUCGUCUUGUCCACCAGCGAGCCGCUGCUGUGGACGGAGCAGGACCGCCAGCACUGGGGGGCCAUGGAUGCUACUCACA